AUGGUGUGGCCGGCAGCAAGGCUUGUGCUCGUCCUCGUCACUUUGCUCACGCUUUGGAGCAGCGACGUUGCCGUUGCAUCGCCGUUGGCGGCGUCGGUGCGGGUCGGCGUGGUGCUGGACCUGACGAGCGUGGGGAGGGAGAGGCGCGCUUGCAUUUCCAUGGCGUUGGACGACUUCCAUGCCGCUCACGCCGGCUCCGGUGCCACGUGGAUCGAGCUGCUCCUACGAGACUCGCGCGGGGAUCUUGCCACGGCUGCACAUGCUGGGCUCAAUUUGAUUGUUUCUCAUCACAAGUUUAGAUUUCAAGGUGUAUUAAAUAAUUAA